AUGGAGGCGUCCAAGACGGAGGAGGAGCUGGUGGGCGGCCUGCAGCAGCUCAGCGACGAGGAGCUGCAGCUCGAGAAGAAGCUGCGGCGCAAGAUCGAUAGCUUGAUCAUGCCGCUGGUCAUCCUCGUCUACCUCCUCAACUACAUCGACCGUGGUAGCAACAACUAUGCGGCUGCUCGAUUGCAGGGACUGGAGGCGGAUCUCGGGCUCGGGGGCUCGCAGUAUCAGACCGGCCUCUCCGUCCUGUUCGUCGCGUACAUCCUGAUGCAGGUCCCGUCGAACCUGCUGCUCAACUACAUGGGCCGCCCGUCGCUGUACCUGGGCGGCUUCACCGUGGCCUGGGGCGCCGUCUCGGCCCUGACCUCGCUCGUCCACACGUACCAGCAGAUAGUCGUCUGCCGCUUUCUGCUCGGGCUCGUCGAGGCCCCCUUCUUCGCCGGCGUGCUCUUCUACCUGUCGAAGUGGUACACGAAGCGAGAGCUCUCCCUGCGCAUGAGCAUCUUCUACUCGGGCUCGCUGAUCAGCGGUGCCUUUGGCAGUCUCAUUGCGGCCGGCAUCCUCAACGGUCUCGCGGGGGCGCGCGGCCUGUCCGCCUGGCGAUGGCUGUACAUCAUCGAGGGCGCAAUCACCAUCGCCGUCGGGCUGGUCAUCGUCGUGGUGCUGCCCGACUUCCCCGAUACGUGGAAGCUGCUGCCGGCCGACCUCAAGCACGUAGCCAACAAGCGGCUGGCCGUCGAGGCGGCAGAGGCCGACGUCGACGUGCCCGGCGGCAUGAGCCAGCUGCGAGGCCUCAAGCUAGCCAUGACGGACGUCAAGACCUACGCCAUUGCGAUAGCCUACAUGUCCAUCACCGCCGCCUCGGGCUUCCAGAACUUCUUCCCAACGCUCACGCAGACCCUGGGCUACUCCAAGAUCAUCUCGCUGCUGCUGGUGGCGCCGCCGUACCUGUUCAUGGUGGUCUACAGCCUGGCUCACUCGUGGUACUCCGACCGCCGCAACAACCGGUUCUGGUUCUUCAUCUACCCGAUCCCGAUCACGCUGGUCGGCUUCAUCAUCUUCAUGACCACGGACGCCUUUGGGCCGCGCUACUUUUCGUUUUUCCUCAUGAUCUUUGUGUUUGCGCUGAACGGCACGCUGUACGGCUGGAUCGCCAGCGCCAUCCCCCGCCCGCCGGCCAAGAGAGCGGCCGCAUACGCCUUUAUCAACUCGCUGGGCAACUCGGCCAGCAUCUGGACGCCGUUUACCUACCGCAACGGGGACCAGCCGCACUACCGCCUGGCUCUGGGCGUGGCUGUCGCCUGCCAGCUGCUGGCCGCCGCCUGCGUCGUCUUCCUGCGCUGGUACUUGCAGCGCCAGAACCGCGAGCUCGCCCGCUACGAGUCCGUCGGCCUCGAGCAGCUCACGGACAAGGAGCUGGCGAAGCUGCAGCGGACGGCCGAGAUCGAGAACGUCGACGUGCACCAGGCCCGCCUGCUGCAGCUCGGCUUCCGCUACCAACUGUAG